AUGUGUCAAUUGUAGAUGCAUGGCUGCCGCGAACUAGAACUAACGUAAACUGCUCUUGUAAAGUCUUUGCCAAACAUUCGCCGGCUUUCUCUUUCUGUUUGCAUUAGGAUACACUGUAUUCUAAAGCGAACCUAGUGCUGAGUCCUAUAUUGUUAGCAUUCGUACAAACCAGUGAGUGAAGGCAAAGACUUCUCGUUCAGGCAGGAGUGAUGCAUUCUCCAUCUGCUCUGCUUAUUUCGGGGUUUCUGUGGAUCGCUGGAUCAAUGUCCUCUCCGGCUGAUGACAAACGUCUGUUGAUCAACGAUAUCUGGGACGACGACGACGAGGGCAGCACCGGAUACAAUAGCUUCGUUUCCGGAUCGGGCUAUCUUGCACCAAGUGGCUACUGGCCCAACAACGGACAUCAAAUUCCUUACGAACUAGCAGGAUUCGACACCGAACAAAUAGAUGUGAUUGAAAGUGCGAUGCAAACUCUAGAAUUUCGAAUCAGCGGCUGCGUAACAUUCACGAAACGCAUCUCAACUCAGAAAGAAUAUAUUCUGAUCCAGCAUCACACGGGAUUCACGCCAGUAUGUAAGGCAGACAUUGGUCGAAGUAGUGGUCGUCCAACCAGAGUCAAACUGCAUUCCCGCUGCUUGUCACCCGGGACCAUCCAACACGAGAUCUUGCACGCUCUAGGAUUCCUACACGAACACAAUCGCCCGGAUCGGGACGAUUACAUCAGCAUAGUACCCGGUAACAUGGUGACCGAUAUCCCGGAGAGGAACUUCCGCAAAAUGCCUCGAAUGGCCACUUUCGGCCUUCCUUAUGAUUUAGAGUCGCUGUUGCAUUACGGCCCUGAAUUAUCCAAGAGCCCCGACAAACCGGCCAUUGUGUCCAAAGUUAGCAAACCGCCGCGAUGGAUGGGUCAAAAAUACGGGCUCAGUCUACUGGAUGUGGCCAGGGUGAAGGCUGCUUACAACUGCAUCCAGAAAGACGUUACUGCUGUGCCACAGCAUUGCCCGAGGCCAGUCUGCUCUGACUCCUCUAAAGAAGAGCAUAGAAUAACAGCCGUUUGGUUAUCCAGGAAUGCUCAGACUUGGGAUUCACUUAAUAACGCAACGGUGUAUGGCACUUUGAGAGAUUCAAACGAUCUGUUGUUUGACAGUCAAACCGCAACAACAAAUGCUUUCGGUGAAUUCACGUUGUCCUUACCAGUGAGGAGCAUCUACACCAUAACAUUCGAGAUGCACGGGUUCUUUCCGAUUCAUCUACAUACUUUUCAUCGCAAUCUCAGGCUGGACGGUAAGGUAACCAUGGAACCUUUGUUGUGGAUCGACAAAACCUUGGCCGGAAACGGGACUGCCCAUGGAGGCCUGAGAUACAUGGAAUUUGGUAGCCAUGAUUUAGGUGUAUAUGCCCCUUUCGUAAAUAUCGCCAUUCGUAACGGCCUGAACAAUGUCUCUGGGUCUAUUCUUGCGACAACCACCGCAAAUGAAGAUGGUUACUGGAGACAAAGUUUACCAUCGGGAUAUUACACGGCGACUGUCACCGCUACAGGACACCUACCGAAACAUUUCCCAGUCGUCGUUUGGAGUGGAGGCGGCUUUAAUUCCGUUCAGUCCCUGAUGCCUGACGUGUCUUACGAUGACAUUCGAAUAAUUCUCUUUAGUGAAAGACAUCACACUUUGGAGCUUGUGGUGGAAGGGCCACUCCAAGACAGCCGGCAGCGGACACGUGUUGAAUCUAUCGGAGCGAGAAUGAGCGCUGAUAACUUGAUUCACAACGACUAUGCUGGAGCCUGGGCCGAUAGUACCGUGAUAAAGAAGCAACUGCCCGGCACGUACCGGAUCAGCGUGUACGAUUGGCAUCAUCGCAAAGGAGUACAGAACUGGCGUUUGGCCAAUUCCCACUCUGUUGUCGAAGUCUAUCGCGGUAAAAUUUUGUGGACAAAAUAUUAUGUCCCCAAUCGUAUUGGCAACACGUGGAACGUGGUGGAGUUUGACGGAGUAAAUCUGACGACCAUCAAUGAAAUUACAACAUUGUACCACAACACUUAACUCGUUUUUAACCCAAUCCUGGAUCCUUAUGGGUUUAAGAUCUUCUUAAUUGUAUUGCACAAUACCAAGCGUAGUACAGCUUACAAAUCCGAGCCUAUGUUUGCAACUGAUGCGGGUAAUAUUAUGAAUUACUGUAAACUGAAAAAAGCAAUGUUAAAUGAAAUUCGGUUGUGGUGGAACUGGUAAAUCCAGAUGACAUAGUAGAUUUUGUCAAUACAUGGAGCAUUUUGCUAGCAUUUUUAUACAAAGAAGGUGCAUUCUUUGCGCUUUUUUAUCUGUGAGCCGAUGAAAUACGCAAGGGAAAUGUGUUACGUAGUAUUUGAUACUUCACGGCACAAGUUUUUUUUGAAGUUUAGCAUUACUGACCUACCGGAAGUUGUACUCUGCGAGAUGCAACUUCCGUCGUUCUUCUUAACCGACACCUAGAUUUCAGUGCUCAUUAUGUCCUGUGCAUUGUCGGCAUGCACUACCUCUUGCAGCUGUCUGCAGUGUAAGCCUUCCUGUUUUUCAAGUAUCAAAGAAAGAAAGAUCAGGAAUGCGUUUUUGACACGAAAGGUCAACUAAUAAUAACUGUUUCGCUGAUACUGAUAGUGUUCCUGCUACGCGGGUGUGCUAAUUGUCAAUAAAAUUAGCAUUUUUGCAAAUUGAAACAGAAUGCUGCUAUACAGUGUCGGCUUAUAAGUACAAUCACCACUGUACUAUAAUUUUUUGCUAAGGGCUUUAUAAUAAAUA